AUUUAACAUAUUGACAUUCUUUUGUUUCUUCAAGAUGGCUGAGGGUAUGCAGAAACGGCUUCAGGGUGAAUUGGAGAAGUUUCAAAAUGUGCAAAAAGAUGUUGGAAAACACGUGAACCUGAGGCAGCAGCUGGAGGGUCAGCUCAGUGAAAACACCUUGGUCAAAGAGGAGCUGGAUCGAUUGGAAGAAGGAGCUGGUGUGUACAAAAUGAUCGGCCCUGCUCUUAUCAAACAAGACUUGGGAGAAGCGAAACAGACUGUACAGAAGCGAAUUGAUUACAUCAAUGGAGAACUCAAGCGCCACGAGAACCUGAUCAAAGAGUUGGAGAAGAAGGCGGACAACCACCGGGAGACGUUGAACAAACUCCAGCAUCAGUUCCAGCAGGCCCAGGUCAAGGCCGCCGCCAAGUCGUAGUGACCUCUCCACACGUCGGCUCUCUCGUCCAGGUCAUCGCAGUGUGCGCGCUUCUCUGUGGGGCGGGUGGGUGGGGGCGGGUCUUUGUUGUACAUACAGCCUAGAGUGCUUUGUUGGGUGGAAUGUUUGAUUCUCGAGGGUGUGCUUUUUUGUGUUUUCUAGGUUAUGUGGAGGAGUCUAAGUCUGCCGGGGACGUCUGGACUUUGGAUACCUUCCCAGUGAAUGACAAAAAGUGUGUGUGUGUUAAAUAAUCUAUUUUAGGAGAAUACCCAAGAAAUUCCUCCAAUAGUUGACUGUGAAUGUUUUGAAGGUAAUUGAUUUCUUAUCUUGUUACCGGAAAAAUGCAUAUUGUGAAUUGUGAAUCGAGAGUGACCAAGAUUUUUCAGAAAGGGUAUUGAGACAAGUUUCACACAAUUCUAACAGACAUUCUUUAGUCUACUGACUCUGUGAGACUAGCAGAGAACCUUUUAUUUUUCCGUGUGCUUCGCCACAUUGAAAGCGUACACUCUUCAUAAGAAUGUGUGCAAUUUCAGUCUAAAAAUGUAGUCUUGUGACAUUAUGCGAAGGUUACCGUACAAAAGGCAGUUCAUGUGCAGUCCUGCAUUUUCUGUUUUAUUACUGUACGGUAGAUCCUCAAAUAAAUGAAACUGAUACUGCGAGUUAGGAGGGAGUAGAUGAAAAA